GAGAGGAGAUGCGUGAGGUGGUCUUGACCUACUUAUUCCCCUGCGAUCGCUGGCUGGCUUCUGAUGAGGAGGAUGGCGAGAUGGUGGUGGAACUUCUUCCAGAGGACAAUGAGGAGCUGGAGGAAAACACAUAUGAGGUCCACAUCUUCACGGGGAACAUGAUGGGGGCCGGAAGUGAUGCCAACGUGUUCAUCAAUAUCUACGGAGAGAAUGGAGACACUGGAGAACGACCCUUGAGAAAGUCCAGUCAUCUCAACAAAUUUGAACGCGGACAGGAGGACACGUUCUCCAUCACGGCUGUGGAACUGGGGACUUUGAAGAAGCUAAGGAUCCGUCACGAUAACAGCAACCAGUCAGCUUGGUACCUAGACAGGGUGGAGAUCGUGGACACUAAAGAUGACACCACGUAUUACUUCCCCUGUAACCGCUGGCUGGCGGUUGAUGAAGAUGACGGUCAGAUUGCACGAGAGCUCGUUCCUGUGGAUGAGGCCUUCAUGAGGAAGGACGAGGAUGAGGAGGAUUCUGGGGCCACACUGGGUUUGGAGCAGAAAGCAAUGUCGACAACAUACACAUUGAGGAUCAAGACUGGAGAAAAGAAACAUGCUGGAACAGACGCCAAUAUCUUUGCGAUUCUGUAUGGAGAGAAUGAUGACACAGGAUUCAUUAACCUGAAAGCCUCUAAAUCACACAAAAACAAGUUUGAGAAAGGAAUGAUCGAUGAAUUUAUCGUGGAAGCUGUUGAUCUCGGAGAACUCCAGAAACUGAGAAUUGGCCAUGACAACUCAGGAGGGUCUGCCGGAUGGUUCCUGGACUGGGUGGAGAUCGAUGCUCCUUCUCAAGGACAGAGGCUUCGUUUCCCAUGUGGCCGCUGGCUGGACACAGGAGAAGACGACGGAGCUGUUGUCAGAGACCUGUAUCCAGCGGAGCUACAGACUGAACUUUACACGCCGUUCGUUCCCUACGAGAUCACCACCUUCACGAGUGACGUGUUCGCCGCUGGGACGGAUGCGGAUGUUUUCAUCGUUCUGUACGGUCAGAAGGGUCUGUGUACGCAGCAGAAGUACCUGUGUGUGAACAAGAGAGAACGCCGCAUGUACUUCGAGAGAUCAGCAGAAGACAUGUUCAUUGUGGAGCUGGAAGACAUAGGGGAUGUCAUAGAGAAGAUCCGCAUCGGACACGAUAACCAAGGGACGAACCCUGGCUGGCAUCUGGACAGAGUGGAAAUCAGAAGACUUUUGAGGAAAGGAAAGGGUUCGGAGACGACCAUCUUUCCCUGUGAACGCUGGCUGGCCAGGUCUGAGGAUGACGGAGAGACGGUGAGAGAGCUGGUGCCUUCAGAGAUCAUCACGGAGAAGCUGCUGAGAGACGGGACGCUCAAACACAGCGAGAUCGAGGUGGAGGAUGCUCUGGAGACUCACACGUAUAAGGUGUCUGUGAGGACGGGGGACAUGCAUGGAGCUGGAACCGAUGCCAACGUGUUCCUGAUCAUCUACGGAGAUCUGGGAGACACCGGAGAACGCAAGCUCAGCAAAUCUGAGAGCAACGGCAACAAGUUUGAGAGAGGAGCUGUCGACAAGUUCAGCAUUGAAGCUGUGGAUCUGGGUCAGGUCUAUAAGAUCAGAAUCCGUCAUGAUAAUUCUCUGGCUGGAGCUGACUGGUAUCUGGAUCAGGUGGAGGUAGUGGAUGUGGAGACAGAAGAGGUUUACAUGUUUCUGUGUGAACGCUGGCUCUCCACUAAGAAAGAGGACAAGCGCAUCCAGAGGACCUUCUUUGUCAAGGUAAUGGACAUCUCACUCGAAAUAAACUAG